AUGAAAGAAACAAAGGCUACAAUUAUGUACCUUUGUGUAUUUUUUGCAUUGUGUAUCAGACUCAACGUUCAAGCAAAUCCAUUAUCAACUGUAGAAACAGAAAUUGAAGCCAAAUUGAAGCAACUAAACAAGCCUGCUGUAAAAACCAUCAAGAGUGAAGAUGGAGAUAUUAUUGAUUGCGUCAACAUUUAUGACCAACCUGCUUUUGAUCAUCCAGCCUUAAAAAACCACACUAUCAAGAUGAUGCCUGAUUAUAUGCUACAAUUGGAAAAUUCAAGCACAGUAAAAGAAGAUUCAGAGUCACAGAUAUUUCAGACAUGGCAGAAAAGUGGAAGUUGUCCACAAGGAACCAUCCCCAUUCGUAGAAUUGUAAAGGAAGAUUUACUCAGAGCUGCUUCUCUCGACAGCUUUGGCCAGAAAUUCCCACAGCACUACGAUAACUCAACAGGCCAAGAAGACGGAUAUGUUAUCCCAACUCGAUCAUCAGCAUUUCUUCUGACUCUUGGAUUCAACUACAUUGGAGCACAAGCAGAGAUCAACGUUUGGAAUCCAAAGGUUGCUCAGACAAACGAGUUUACCACAGCUCAAAUUUGGCUCAAGAACGGCAACGGUUCCUAUUUUUCAAGCGUUGAAUCAGGGUGGACGGUGAAUCCCAAGCUAUAUGGUGACAGAGCCACCCGAUUUUUCGCCUACUGGACUAGGGAUUCAUACAGAUCAACUGGAUGCUUCGAUCUUACAUGUUCAGGAUUUGUGCAAACAGGGCAAGUAGCGCUUGGUGCUAGCAUAGGACCUACAUCAUCAUUUUACAGAGAACAGUAUGACAUUAACGUUGGAAUGUUCCUGCCAAACUCGGGAAAUUGGUAUCUGAAAGUGAAGAACAAUGUGGCAGUGGGUUAUUGGCCAGCUGAAAUAGUGGGGUUAUUGAGACACAGUGCGACAUCGGUUGAGUGGGGGGGACAAGUAUCGAGCACGAAUAUAAGAAAGAAAAGGCCUCACACCACAACACAAAUGGGUAGUGGAGAGUUUGCAAAUGGUCGAUAUCAGCAAGCAUGCUUCAUGCGGAACAUAAAGAUUAUGGAUUAUUCACUUCAGCUUAAGUAUCCCAGAGAUGUAACUACAGUGUCUCAAGAGCCCUAUUGUUACAAUGCCCUCAAUGAUGCCAGGCCUGGGGUCGAACCUAUGUUUUAUUUUGGAGGCCCUGGUCGAGGCCUAGCCUACUGUCAGUGA